AUGGCACUUCAAGAGUCCCAGCACGAGGGCAACACUCCGCCCCCAGAGCCUGUUAUCCAAAUCCAAGAUGCUAUUGCUGCAGGUGACGACGACGAUGCCGAUUCCUCGAUUGGCGAGGAAGUAGAGCCGUCGGUUGUUUCAAUCUCAUCUAGUAUUUUGGCUUAUCGACAGGAAAAUGGUCGCAGCUAUCAUGCUUUGAGUAGUGGGAAAUAUGUCCUGCCGAAUGACGAAGAAGAGAAUGAAAGAUUGGACUUACAACACGAGCUUUACGUACGAACGCUCGACGGAGACCUCGCUCUAUGUCCGAAAGCGAAAGGUGCGAAUCGCGUUCUGGAUAUGGGAACAGGCACUGGCUCAUGGGCGAUUGACUACGCUGAUGCAAACCCUCAAGCAGAGGUCAUCGGCGUUGACCUGAGCCCGAUCCAACCAGCUCUUGUCCCACCAAACGUUAGCUUCGAAAUAGACGACCUCGAAAAAGAAUGGACCUGGACCCAGAAAUUUGACUUCAUUUUUGCCCGCAUGAUGCUCGGCUGCUUCACUGACUUUCCGCAAAUCAUAAAAGUUGCCUUCGACAACCUCGAGCCCGGCGGUUAUCUUGAACUCCAAGACAUGUCCCUCCCGGCCCGCUCCGACGACGGAACCCUCCACUCCGAAAGCUACCUCUCCAAGUGGUGCAGAUCCUGCUUCGAAGCUGGUCAGAAUCUCGGUCGUCCCGUGUUUCCGACAACCGAGUAUAAAAACUACCUCGCUGCCGCUGGGUUUGUCGACAUCGUCGAGGUGCAGCAGAAGUGGCCGUCAAAUCCGUGGCCCAGAGAAAGGAAGUUUAAGGAGCUGGGGGCGUGGGCCUGCGCGAAUAUCGCUGGCGGCUUAGAUGGCUUGUCGUUGGCGUAUUUCACGAGGGGGCUUGGGUGGUCGACUGAGGAGACGAGGGUGUUUUGUGCGCAUGUGAGAAAGGACUUGCAGAACCCUAGGAUUCAUGCGUAUUGGCCUAUCUACUUUGUCUAUGGUAGAAAGCCACUGACUCCUGCAGGACCCCCGUAA